AUGACACCCGAAAUUGAUCCUUCACCAACUUUCAAAGUACCUGCCACUGUGCGCAGCACUCUACAAAUACUUGGUUUAAUGACGGAAAUUAAUAUAUGCCCCAAACAAUUCAUGGUGACAUUCUUAUCGUCCACUCACCCAGACAUCAUAUAUCGUCGACGCCUAAUGAAAAUUGGUUUGGGAGCCAAGCAAACUCGUUCAAUUGUCACUAAUCUUGGCAAAAUGUCCAAGUCUUGUGACCAAGGCCAAGCUGAUUGGGAGGAACUGAUAUUGGAUGAGGCUUCGAAGAUAGUCAACGCAGAGGAAUUGCCCCGAGGGCAUUUCCCUAAUGGAUCAUAUGUCAGCUCUAGUCGAAUCUUGCCAGACUUUUUCAGUGAUAGUAGCGACACUAUUCGAGAGACGCAAGUUGUCACUGGGAUGCGUUUCCUAUACUCACUCAUUCACCGCAAGCUUUCGUUUGGCAUGAAUGAACCCUCCACUGACCACCACGAUGAUGAAGGGGAUAAUCUUCCAACCAACAGCUCUGAUAUGGCAGUAACCAUUGCAGACAGUCACAGCGAAGAAGAUUCAGUGGUGAUGUCAAUGGAAAAUUUAGUCUGUGUGAAGUCCUCGGCAGCAGGACAAGCAUCUCACAAGCUUGCAAAAGUCCCAAUCAUGGUGUGUGCAAUGAUAGCUGUUUGUUGCAAUCGUCGUAGCAAUGCGAUGCCAAUGGCCAACGGCUUAAUGGCCUUUGCAGGCGGUGUCUCUUGUCGUAUCAAUGAAUGGCUUCACGCCCAUGGAAUUACCGCGUCCAGGCCCAGUCUCUUACUAGCAUUGGAUCGUCUACGUUGUGUAGUGCGUGCGACCCUGCAAGCAAAGUGUGAGGAGGAGGCGGUCAACCUGGCUAUGUUUUUGGACGCGAUGAACAAAGCAAACCGUAAGGCUGUUCAACCUUCUUCGUUCUGUCCCAGUCCUGCCGAUAUGGAGCAUUGGGUAGCUGUGGUCAAGGCCCAAAUUGCCAAAGCUCUCAAAGAUUAUAUGACGUACAUACGUGGUGUUCCUGAAGGCCAUUGUCUAUCCUCCCUGGCGACGCGGCCUCCUUCAAUUGACCCUAUCGAGAUGCAUAAGGCAAACAUUCACUUCCUACGAAUGAUGGACGCGCCGGACUCGUCAGCAGAGGGAGUUUCACGUGUGCUUGAUAAGAUCAUGGAGCAGAUUGGUGUAGAGAAGAAAACUUACGCAGAAAGUCUCUUGGUAGCAGGGGGAGAUGUAGGGUCUAAUCAAUUAGUUGAAAGCCUUCGAACCAAAAGAUUUCCACCCAUAGAUUCAGUUGAAGGGCUCGAAUGGGUGCUGUCCAUAUUUGGUGGUGCUCACACUACGUGGAACUUCACCAAGAGCUUAUUAUCACUACACUGGGGACAUUCUGACAAAGGCGACGAUUCUGGUGCUUGGAGGUCCUUGUUUGCUCUAGGUGCUGAGUAUAAAAAACCGGUUGCAUCCCAAGAUUUCAACACCAUUAUGCGGUCAGCCCAAAUCCUUCAUAAAGGUAAUCUAGUGUUCAUUGUUGGGUCAGUAUUCAUAUUCUUGUGGAGAGAUUUACAAACUCUGAGCGCUUACAUCAAAUUGUCUGUUCCAGGCAGGUGA